GCCCCCCUGGCGUCCAGCAGGCAGGCUGGUGCCCCUCGCCGAUGUGCCCGGCCUCUGCCCGCCAUGCCGCCCGUCUCGGCCUUCCAGGCCGCCUACAUCGGCAUCGAGGUGCUCAUCGCCCUGGUGUCUGUGCCGGGGAACGUGCUGGUGAUCUGGGCCGUGCGGGUGAACCGGGCGCUGCGGGACGCCACCUUCUACUUCAUCGCCUCGCUGGCGGUGGCUGACGUGGCCGUGGGCGCACUGGUCAUCCCGCUCGCCAUCCUCAUCAACAUCGGGCCGCAGACCUACUUCCACACCUGCCUCAUGGUCGCCUGCCCCGUGCUCAUCCUCACCCAGAGCUCCAUCCUGGCCCUGCUGGCCAUCGCCGUGGACCGCUACCUGCGCGUCAAGAUCCCGCUCCGGUACAAGACGGUGGUGACGCCCCGGAGGGCCGCGGUGGCCAUCGCCGGCUGCUGGAUCCUCUCCCUCGUGGUGGGCCUGACGCCCAUGUUUGGCUGGAACAACCUGGGUGCGGUGCGGCGGGCCUGGGCGGCCAACGGCAGCGCCGGGGAGCCCGUGAUCAAGUGCGAGUUUGAGAAGGUCAUCAGCAUGGAGUACAUGGUCUACUUCAACUUCUUCGUGUGGGUGCUGCCCCCGCUGCUGCUCAUGGCGCUGGUCUACCUGGAGGUGUUCUACCUGAUCCGCAGGCAGCUCAGCAAGAAGGUGUCGGCCUCCGCGGGCGACCCGCACAAGUACUACGGGAAGGAGCUGAAGAUCGCCAAGUCGCUGGCGCUCAUCCUCCUCCUCUUCGCGCUCAGCUGGCUGCCCCUGCACAUCCUGAACUGCAUCACCCUCUUCUGCCCGAGCUGCCACAAGCCCAGCCUCCUCACCUACAUCGCCAUCUUCCUCACGCACGGCAACUCCGCCAUGAACCCCAUCGUCUACGCCUUCCGCAUCCACAAGUUCCGGGUCACCUUCCUCAAGAUCUGGAAUGACCAUUUCCGCUGCCAGCCCGCACCCCCCGCGGACAAGGACCCCCCGGAAGAGCGGCCGGACGACUAGACUCUGCCUGCCCACGGCCAGGGCACCUCAGCGCGGCCCGCACUCCCCACGUCACUGUCUCCAGGGCCUUCCCCGGCCCAGGCUGGGGUGUGGGGCUGUCCAUGGGGACAAACCAGGUAACCUGAGGGAGGGAGGGAAGUGGCUUGAGCCACCCACCCGCCUGCCUGUCCCAUGGGCAGCCCCUGCUUCAGGCAAAGGGCCCCGUGGCGGGGAGGCCAUCUCCGCUCCUGCAGGCGGGGGCGCGCUCACCCCAGCGGCUGGGACCAGGCUUCAGGAGGGAGGGCAGCCCCUCCAAGAUGAGUGAAGAAGAGAAACCACACGUCUUGGCCUUGCUUUCUCUGGAGGAGAAGGGGGCCCGAGCCAGUGAGGGGCAGCCACGAAGGAGCCUCAGUCCCUACCUCCCACAGCCCUCGCCUCCCGGCCACGCUGGGUGCCACGGCGCCUGCCCCCUUGCCCUGCGCAGCCCAAGGCUAUACUUGAGAGGGAGGGAGACAGAGCCAGUCCAGACAUCAUUUCCAACAUCUGCUUUAUUCCGCACCAGCCUUCGGAGCCUGGUUGGGGCUUGGAGCCCAGCAGCCAGUGUGCAGUGGUGGGGUGGGCCGCACCCAGCCUGCAGGUGGCAGCACUGAGCGUCCCAGGAGGAGCCUGGAGUGUGACCUCCUGUCCUCCGGGCACCAGCCCAGCAGGUCCCCCUGCCCCCAGACAGGCCUGGGCUCUCCCAGGCAGCACCCUUCCCCGCUGUUUCUGGGCCUGAUGGAGACCGUCAGCUCUAGAGAGCAUUGUGCCCGCCUGCUGAGGGUGGACCAGGGUGGCUGGGCACUCCUGGGAUGGGGUAUGACAGGCUGGAGCAGACAGAGGAGCCAGCCCCUGAGUGAGGAGGCGGGAAGGUCCUGCUGGCCUUUAACUGCCCCCAGGGUCCCUGGCAUCUAGUCCGGCUUUCAGGGGCUGUGGGCUCUGCUGCGGAGCCGGGGAUUUCAGGGUUUCUGGGGAAGACCCCCCUCCCCCCCCCCCCCCCCCCCCGCCCCGCCAAGCCCAGAGCUGGGUGCAGAGGGUGGAGGGGCAGGAUUCUGUGUGAAUAGUGACUCCAGGCCUUGAUUCCAGGCCUCGCCUCUCUCAGAGGUGCUGUGCCCUGCUCCCGGGGGGCACCUGACUAAUAAAGACUGUGAACCCGCAUGGAGAGCCACUGCUGGGCACACCCGAGGGCGCCAACAGCCUCGCAGAGAGGACUCAGUGGGGAGGUCAAGGCACGGGA